GAACAUGGCGACUGACAAGGAUUCGGAAGAUUAUUUUGUUAGAGAAAUAGAAAAAAAUGACGGGUCUAUUUUAAGAAUGUAUCAGUGCAGCAAAGGGGACGUUGGCUGUGUAGUAUGGGACGCUGCUAUUGUCCUGUCAAAAUACCUAGAAACGGAACAAUUUUGCAGUAUUCAGUCUGGUGUUAGUACGUGGUUCUCCAAGAGCAUUGUUGAACUGGGUGCAGGAACAGGACUAGUUGGUCUCGUGGCUUCAACUCUGGGGGCAAAUGUCACAGUGACAGAUCUAGAAGACCUGCAGCCUCUCCUAAAGCUGAACAUUGAGAAAAAUCAGCAACUCAUCCGUACAGGCUCAAUCACAGCCAAGGUACUGAAAUGGGGUGAAAGUGUUGAAGAUUUUCUACCUUAUCCUCAUUAUAUUCUGAUGGCUGAUUGUAUCUACUAUGAGCAGUCUGUGGAGCCACUAGUGGAGACUCUGAAACUCUUGGCUGGACCAGAGACGUGCAUCAUCUGUUGCUAUGAGCAGCGCACUGUUGGUGUCAAUCCUGAAAUAGAGAAGAGAUUCUUUGAGCUACUUCUGCAAGAGUUCCAGUCAGAGGAGAUCCCACCUGAGAAACAAGACCCAGAGUUCAACAGUCCUGACAUUCGUCUUCUCCACCUGCGACGAAGAGUCGACUGAAUGCCUUUUACCUCAAUGCCUCUGAAUGUAUGUUUGUGUUUUAAUAGACUGCAGUGUUUGUCAUUGUACCUAUUAUAAAAAAAAAACAUUUUUUGCAUGUUAUAUGGUCUGGGAAUUUGGCCUUAAUGUGAGCCCAAGUGUGUUUUCAGACAAACAAGUUUAAGCAAAUGGUUUUGCGUGUGCAUUGUGCACUAUGUUAAACUGACAAUAAAUCUCCAGUGUGCUUUUUUUAAUUUUAUUUUUUACACCAAUUCAAAUAAUGUUAAACUGAGUGUGAUCUGUAAAUAGGCUAAUCACCGUCUAAACUUCACCAAAACAUUUUUGUCAAUACUAAAUCAUUUAACAGCUUUUAGACAA